AUGAACAACAAAAACAUGCCAGAUAUGCGCAUCGGCAAAAAGUACAGAGUCGGGCGCAAAAUUGGUAGCGGCUCCUUCGGAGAUAUUUAUCUGGGAAUAAAUGUAAUUUCUGGUGAAGAAGUUGCGAUCAAGCUGGAGUCACGCACGUCUCGCCAUCCUCAGCUCCAGUACGAGGCACGAGUAUAUAAGGCACUUUCUGGAGGUAUUGGUAUUCCAUACGUUCGUUGGUUUGGCACCGAGAGUGAUUUCAACGCGCUUGUUAUAGAUCUCCUUGGUCCCUCGCUGGAGGACCUAUUCAAUUUUUGCAACCGCAAAUUCAGCUUCAAGACGGCGUUGCUCUUGGCCGACCAGCUGCUGUGCCGACUAGAAUUCAUCCAUGCUCGGUCGUUUAUUCAUCGCGACAUUAAACCUGACAACUUUCUCAUGGGUAUUGGCCGCAGAGGCAACCAAGUGAAUGUUAUUGAUUUUGGUCUUGCUAAGAAGUUCCGUGACCCCCGCACCUAUCUGCACAUCCCUUACCGGGAGAACAAGAAUCUUACCGGAACGGCACGUUAUGCAUCAGUAAACACACACUUGGGUAUUGAACAGUCACGACGAGACGAUCUCGAGUCUCUGGCUUAUGUUCUCAUCUACUUUGUGAGCGGCGGUCUGCCAUGGCAAGGUCUCAAGGCACAAACAAAGAAGCAAAAGUACGAACGCAUUAUGGAGUGCAAGCUAACUACAACCACAGAAACUCUAUGCAGGGGACUGCCGCGCGAGUUCCAAGUGUUUCUAAGCUACGCCCGCAAUUUACGUUUCGAUGAUAAGCCAGACUAUAUUUAUUUGCGUCGCAUUCUGCGUGACCUAUUCAUUCGUCAAGGCUAUGUUUAUGAUUAUGUUUUCGACUGGACCUAUCACAAGCGUGACUUGGAUAACCGGUCGGCCGCUCAAGAUGAUGGCGCCAAGCUCAGCGCGCCCGGCGCUCUACCCCCUCAGCAGAGCGCUAUGAUGAACGCACCCAUGCAAAACCAGCAGCCUCAUGGAUCACAGUCUCAACUACAGAAUGCAUCCACCCCGUUACAUUAUGUGACUUCCUCGCAACCGUCCCAGCAGCCGUCCCAGCAGCCGCUCAAGGCUCCUGAUGCCCUUCCUCAACAAAUGGCCUCCCAGCAACCCCCAUUGACAGCAUCUAUUUCAACAGCAACACAAGCAACACCGUCUCCUGUAGGAGCAAAUACCGGUUUGACUGGUAAUAAUGGUGUUCCUCUUCGCAUGCCCACUACUGCUGAUGGAGGGGACAUGGACGUAGACUACAGGAGACGGGUGCAGGCACCCCAGCCAGUGGAAGUGUCAAACUAUACUCUGAAUCAGCCGCAACAACCGCAGCAACAGGAUCCUUGGUUGUAG